UAUCGUCCCCGUCACGCGCGCUCCGAUCUGAGAAAUUCCCUAUCGCCGCCUCUCCACCUGUCGCUCCAUCUGCAGUUCUCGCAACGGCGUACGGCUACUAGCUGCAUGCGUGUUGUUCCGGCGUAAAGUUGCGCGCGACGCGAGUGUCACGGUGUUGUCGGAGGCCGCGUACGGUGCGUGAACGGCUGCCCGGCGAAAAUGUGAUGCACUCCACGGGCAAUGGCACGAUGGUCGACGGUGCUGUCCGGGGUGUUCUUGGCUCUCUCCAUGGUUCUCUCCCUGGGGAAGCUGUUGAUGCUCGCCGCGGGAACCGGAAGCAAUGGGGAACUCACGGAGGCGGACCAGUGGCUCACCGAAAUCGGCCUCGCGCAGUAUCGUCCGCUAUUUAAGAAGAACGGUUGCCAGUUAAUGCGGAGUAAUUUCUGUGUGUGUAAUAUCCCGGAAUAGCACGUAAUUUCAAGAUUGCAUCGAUAGUUGCGCAAAAAUCUGCUGUCACUCGCGUAUGUGACCGUUACGUGUAAUAUAAGUGGAGCAUCUCUGCGAUUUGAACCGUCCAAGAAUAUAUACGUGCACACGCGCUCGGCAGAAAUGACACGUAUUAAAACGAUAAUUCUUUCUUCAACGAUUCACGCUACGUCGCGUCGCGUAAACUGCGCCACUCGUCGAUCGUCAUUAAACAUCGUCGUAGUGACGUAUCAUUUUGCGCAUCGUUCGAUAAAUAAGUAAUCUCACUGGGGAAAAUUCAUACAUUUUUUAUAUAAAGGCUCACAAUAUAGAUGAAACGAUAAAUAGUUUACAUUGAUGUUUUGCGUAGAAUUUACGUAUAGCAAUGUGAGAUGCAUAGAGAUAGUAUAUUAUGCGUAAUGAAUGUUACAGAGGAUGAUAUAUCAUGUAAUUCAUGUUGAAGGAUCCACAUAAAUUCUGUUAAUACAGAACGCACUCCAUCCAUAUCUAAUUACGAGUGUCAUAUGACGCUAUCUGUAUUAAUAAUAUUAGUAUUUUAAGCACAUUGCACAAUCUCCUUUAAGACGAAUCACAUGUCCUAUACUUUUGAAACAAUGAAAUAAUUAUGAGAAAAUUA